AUGCCAUCAUCUUCAGAUACUGGAGUAUCGGACACUUUGGAUCCUAUAGCGAUCGUGUCGGACGAUGAGAUUCUGUCAGAGAGUGAGCCGUCUGCUCUUCCUGAUUUUCGGGAUGAUAUUCCUAUUGCUGAUGGUCCUUUCGGUGGGGACCUACCUCUUCUUCAGGUCCCUGCUCCUCUACCGCUCGCCGCAGUUCCUCUCGAGGAUCUGCCACAUGAUGAGUUCGCUGAUGAUGACAUCGAUUUGUUCCUAGAGGGUCCCCCGGAGGGUGACCAGGAUGGUGUGGCCCUCAUGGAUGUCGAUGUCCCUCUUGCUGAUGAUCCCGUUGUCGACCCUGUUGUUCCCUUGGCUGAGAUUCCUGCUGAUGUGCACAUUGUUGAUCCUGUUGUUCCAGUAGAGGCUCCCAUUGAGGAGGCUCCUUUUGAUCUGUUUGGUCCUUACUCCUUCGAGUCUGUAGCGUCCGCUUCACUGCACGCCCAGGUCGUACAGCUCUAUUCCUCUGACUCCGACUCAGACAUGGCAAUGUCUGUUGCGCCCCUCGUUCCCCACGACGUUGACCCAGAGCCAGAGGUCGAGUUUUUGCCUGAUGAGCCUACUCCAGUUGGUCCGGAGCCGGUCGUUGCUCAUGAUCCCAUUGACGCCCCAGCUGUUGCACAUUUUCCAGACCCUUUACCUGAGCCUGGUCAUGUCGAUAUACCAGACAUAGCACCACCCGUCAUUGUUGCGCCCGUCGAUUUGCCACCGGUUUCUGAUGUUCCCGUUAUUGAUGCACCCAUUAUCGCACCGGUAGUACCUGUUUCAGCCCCUGUGCAUGCUGACCAUGCACCGUUUGCCGCUCACAUUGAUCCUCGUUAUGCUGACACCCGUAACGGGUGGAUCGAGGAUGAUGAUGACUACCCACCAUUUGUGCUACCCGUCACUCCUCCUGUAGCACCUAUUUCCGCACCUAUUGAGAUUCCAUUAUUCCACCCACACACCUCUGACGUCCAUCGCACAGAUCUUCCCAUCACAUUCCUCCAGGACAUACCGCCACCUCGUCCUGGGGAGGGUUCAUCGAGGAAGCCGCCUGUUUUUGUUCCACCUGUAUCGUCAUCUGUUCCGUUCAUGUCCCAGAUCCCUCACACUGCACCAUCUUUCAUACCUUCGGGUGAGCCGUUUCUGUGGGCUUCGCGCAAUGUUAUGCCGUUAUCAGACCCGUACCACCCUUAUCAUGUGGGGUACACGACAGAGGACAUACUCAUCUCUCUACAGCUACAGCAGGACGCACUGAGUCGUCGCAUUCAGGAGUUAGAGAGGACACCACGUCCUCCAUGUUACUGUCAGACUCCUUUUACCGCACCACACACUCCCCUUCCGCUUCCCCCUGAUUCGGAUGUUCGUUUCCUUACAUCUGAGCAGCAGAUUGCCUAUUUGCUGCGCGUCAUUCAUGCCCUAGAGGAGGAUUGGGUGCACAUGCGCCGGUUGCUUUUCUCUCAUCUUCCUCCUCCUCCUCCGCUAUCAGCAUAG